UCCCUCUCGAGCAGUCAGCUCUCUCCUCCUCUGACUACUGGAUGCCCAUGAGCAGCAAAGAGUUGUUCUCCGAUUCCCUUUGAGCUCCUGGCUGCUUAGUCUGGCUCCUGAAGGGGCUAACACAGGCUACAGUCUACACAGCUUCCAGAGGAAAGGGACCCCAAACCUUCCAGAUCACUUCCUCUUGCAGGAAACUAUUUGGCACAGGAAUAAAGAUGGCUGCUGAAAUAGAAGAUUCCAAUUGCAUCAAUUUUGUGGGAAUGAAGUUUAUUAACAAUACACUUUACUUUAUACCUGAAAACGAUGAAAACCUGGAAUCAGAUUACUUUGGCAGGCUUGAACCUAAAUUCUCAAUCAUAAGAAAUUUGAACAACCAAGUUCUCGUCAUUGACUGGAGAAAAAAGCCUAUAUUUGAGGAUAUGCCUGAUUCGGACUGUGCAGAUAAUGCACCCCAGACCAGAUUUAUAAUAAAUAUAUAUAAAGAUAGCUGUGCUAGAGGUAUGGCUGUAAGCAUCUCUGUGAAGUGUCACAACAUUGCAACUCUCUCCUGCGAGAACAAAAUUAUUUCCUUUAAGGAAAUCAGUCCUCCUGAUAGUAUCAGUGAUACAAAAAGUGACAUCAUAUUCUUUCAGAGAAGUGUUCCAGGACAUGAUGAUAAGAUGCAAUUUGAGUCUUCAUCAUAUGAAGGAUACUUUCUAGCCUGUGAAAGAGAGAGAGACCUUUUCAAACUCAUUUUGAAAAAAAAGGAUGAAUGUGGGGAUACAUCUAUAAUGUUCACUGUUGAAAACAGCAACAGAUAUUAAAAUUUCAAUGUGAAAUUUCUGGUUUUUGUGUCUCAGAAAGGCUGUAAGAGUUUAUGAGCCUGUAAUUG